AUUAUUAUUAAAAUGGUUACAUCUAAUCCGGUCUAUAUCGAUUAUAUUCCACUUACGCACCAACAAAAAAUUCAAAAUGAAUUAUACACAUUUCCCAAGAAAUUAAAGGGAUACGUGCUAAGCUUAUUUCCUAUAUUACAAUGGAUCCAUCGAUACAAUUUGUCUUGGCUUGUUCAAGAUGCAAUUGCGGGGAUUACAGUUGGCAUGCUUAUUGUACCUCAAGGUAUAGCAUAUGCUAAAAUAGCAAAUCUGGACCCGCAGUAUGGUUUAUAUACUUCGUUUGUUGGUGUAACGUUGUAUUGUUUCUUUGGUACAUCAAAAGAUAUUAGUAUUGGACCCAUAACGGUUGUAUCUCUACUAGUAGGACAAGCUAUUUCUAAAGUGACUACUGAGCAUCCAGAAAUCUCGGGACCUGAAGUAGCUGUGUGUUUAUCUCUAUUUGCAGGUAUUGUGACAUUGUUGAUUGGAUUGAUCCGAAUUGGCAUGCUUGUAGAUUUUAUCUCUGAACCUGCGAUUGCUGGCUAUAUGACAGGAUCGGCUAUCACAAUUUCGUUGGGACAAUGGCCUAAAGUUUUUGGUUUAGCUGUCAAUACACACAAUGCGCCUUACUUGAUUGUAUAUGAAUUUUUCGAAAAGAUCAAGGAUACAAAGUUAGAUGCAGCCUUUGGUCUUGUAGCGUUAGUUGCACUCUACGUAAUCAAACUGGGUGGAGCCAAAUUAGCAGACCGAUGUCCGGUAUUGAAGAAGCCACUUUUUUUCUUGGGCAUUAUGCGUAGUGGAUUGAUUGUGAUCAUUGGCACAUUCAUAUCAUAUCUGAUUAAUGUCCACCACAAGUCAGCACCUCUCAUUUCAAUCAUCGAAACCGUGCCGGCUGGGUUUGACGCCAUGGGUGUACCGAGUUUAAGUAUGACGGUUUUAAAAGAAGCAAGUGGUGUUUUACCCUCCAUUAUUUUAAUUUUGAUCUUGGAACACGUUUCUGUUGCAAAAUCAUUCGGUCGCAUGAACAACUAUUCCAUUGAUCCAAAUCAGGAGAUUUUAGCUAUCGGUAUGAGUAAUAUUGUUGGCUCUUUCUUUGGUGCAUACCCAUGUACAGGUGCAUUUAGUAGGACUGCUGUCAUGGCUAGAUCUGGAGCCAAAACACCAAUGGCAGGCGUAUUCUCAGGAGCUGUAGUCUUAUUGGCUCUCUAUGUAUUGACACCUGCAUUUUUCUAUAUCCCAGAAGCUGUCUUAGGCUCAGUUGUGAUUCAUGCUGUAGUUGAUUUGGUAUCAGGACCCACCUUUUUAAAGGAACUCUGGCACGCCAGUAUCUGCGAGUUCUUCAUAUUUGUGAUUGCCGUUGUUAUCACUUGCUUUAUGGAUGUUGAGACUGGAAUUUAUGUGUCAGUAGGUCUUUCACUAUUGCUCAUGUUAUUAAAGUUAGCCCGACCUUCAGUUUCUAGUCUGGGAAGAGUCAGAUUGGAUGCCCAUGCACCAGAUGCACAAGAUCGUCAAUAUAUUUAUGUAGAAGAAAAGGACCCACUUUAUACAAGACUCUUGGAUCCUUUACCAUCAGGUGUGGUUGUGAUUCGACUCAGCCAUUCAAUCUUGUACCCUAAUGCCAAUUAUAUUGCGGAACGUAUGAUGGAUAUCGUCAAAUCUCGCACUCGG